AUGGUUUCAAAUACACUUGGCAGCGUUCUUCUGUUAUUUGCUUUGGACCUCAGCGCUUUUGCAUUCAACUCGGUGCAAGGCAGUCAUGAACAUCAUGGCAAAUUUUAUGUUUACUCGAAUAGGAAAGGUUGUAUGGCAGUUCAAAGUCAGCCACUUUGUCCAUCGAGUCAAUUAAACCCUUGGGACGCCACGAAUUAUAUUGAAUAUAUCAGAGAAAUGCGAGGCAUAUUGGAUGAAAUUGAAGCCAGGAACGUAAACAAUUCGGAGUGCAUUACAGCUUUUAAAGCAGCUUAUUGUUCGAAAUUAACCCCGAAGUGUUUUGGGGACGGCAGUAAAGAUUUCGGUAAUGGAAAUGCGGCAUGUUGGAAGGCGAAUACAACGUGCGACAACGUAGUUGUACUUGAUUUUGAAGAAUUUUGUCAGUCGAUUCCUGAAGGUAAACAGUCCCUCGACGAAUGUAUUUUACCAUCUAGUCGUAUUGAAGGAAGUUGUCCACAGCUUGAGUAUAAG